AUGACAUCAACUGUAUCACAAAGUUCUAAAGUAAUUGUUAGAUCAUCUUCUUACGGAACAAUAGAUAAUUAUAUCAUACGUUCAUUGUUAUUAUCAGAUUUGAAAAAAUUUCAUACCUUCUUAAAUUAUCACUUUCUUGUAGUUGAGCUUUACAUUGGUAAUAUUUUAAGUGAUACAGUUAAAGAAUCUAAUAAUACAAUGAUAAAAGUUCUUCAAGAAGAUCCAAUUGGAGUUACACUUACAUUUGAUGAUGAACAAAUGUUAAAAAUGAGCAUUUCAAUCAAAUUUGAACUACCAGUUGUAAAAACUAGAAAAUGUGCAGGAGAUAAAUCAAUUUUAAAAGGAGAUAUUUAUGAAAUAAUUGAACAAAUACUAACUGAUGAAAAUAACAAAAAUGAACAAACCGAUAAACAAGAUGAAGAAGAAAAUCCAUUAUAUGAAAGUCAAGAUUCAUUUAUUUCUGAAGAUAUUGAUGAGGAAAUGUAA